GUGCGACCGGUGUCUGACGUCACGCCGCGACCUGCAGUACCAGUGUUGCCAAGUCCGCGGUUUCCCCGCGGAAUUGAGGCUACUUUAUAACACUGUUGCCAGGGGUUGUUUGUCCUCGGGUUAAAAAAACCCCUACCUCAAUAACGUGAUAUUUAGACCCUGGAAAUGUUAACAAGGGAACCCCACAAAAACACGUGUAUUUCAUCCCCGAAAGCUAGUUUUAACGGGAGAACCCCCCUCGAACGCGAAUGGGAUAGUUUCGAGUACCGUCUGGGAUGGUUUUUUGUGUGAACCUGGCAACCCUGUGAAAUGCGCAUGCGAUUCCAUAUUGGUCGUUUCUCAAGCGGUUCAUUGAAGGAAGAGUGUUCGUGCGUUGUUUGAAAUAUAGGACCUUAAAUAUCGUUCACAGAUAUGUCCUCGAGUGACUUUUAUUUGAGGUACUAUGUGGGCCAUAAAGGUAAAUUCGGACACGAAUUUCUGGAAUUUGAAUUCAGACCAGACGGCAAACUGAGGUAUGCAAACAACAGUAACUACAAGAACGACGUCAUGAUCCGAAAAGAGGCGUAUGUUCAUAAAAGUGUGAUGGAAGAGUUGAAGAGAAUCAUUGAUGACAGUGAGAUCACAAAAGAAGACGAUGCCUUGUGGCCACCUCCAGACAGAGUCGGGCGACAAGAACUGGAGAUUGUCAUCGGUGAUGAACACAUUUCAUUCACAACUUCCAAAAUUGGAUCUUUAAUUGAUGUCAACCAGUCCAAGGACCCAGAAGGACUCAGAGUUUUCUACUACCUGGUCCAGGAUCUCAAAUGCCUUGUAUUCAGUCUCAUCGGCCUCCACUUCAAAAUCAAGCCCAUCUAGCUACCCAGUUGCUUUUAUUCUAGAUUGGGGUCAUAUUUUAGUUAUUGUUUGAGCUAUUUUCAACAUUUGUAAUUGUAUAUUGCUUGGUGGUAUUUUUUUUUUUUUAAUAAAUUUGUUCAACUGUUGAAAAA